GCAGUCUCCGUCCUUGUUACUUGUCAUUCUUGGACGUCACCGGAUGUUCUGUGAGAUUUCCAACGGGCGUAUGCUCGCUAUGGUCAUCAUCAAGCUCACCGAAUGCUCAGUGGCCCCGACGAAGCAGCGUCGCUGACCACACGGCCCUCGCGUCUAGAGUGCUGUCUUGCUGGGGAGUCAAAUCUCUGCUUACGGAGUCCAACCCGAGGUCUACACUCAACCUGCCCAGUCAUUUCUAUGUACCACGCACCAUCCACGGCACUUUCUGCGUUAGUCGAUGACAUACGUAGUACUAGAAAUCUUCUUGACACUAGUCUAUGCACUUACGCUCGGAGUCAACACCGGGGCAGUAGGCCAGAAGUACUCCCGGCAGAGGGAACAUGCCAACGACCACGCAACAAGAUGUUAUUCCACUGGCGACCGCAAGCUCUGAUCAUCAGUCUAAACUGUCGUGCUGAAGUCUGCUAUGCCGAUGGAAUCUACCCACUCACAUUUAACUCCGCAAGUGUUGUUGAUACGCUACAUCCUACAUUCUUUAUGGAGCUUGGCUGGUCACCACAUGUCUACAGAGUUCCAUGUCUCUGCAGAAUAGCUUAGGUGUGACAGACAUCAAUAUAGAAAAGCUGCCAUCACCUGCUGCAGGAACACGUUUGUUCCGAAAAGACCCGUGAUCUGAUUAGAAUCCAAAAUUUACAGAUAUACCUAAAUUAGCAGCUGAUCAUGCCUUCCACUCCCUUCGCGAGGUCCUCACACGUGGCCACGAAACCCCAGCUCUUUGCUGCGUUAAACUCUAUACACUGCUGCGAGAACUCUGGACUGGUCGUGCCACAUGCGUCUCUGAGCAUCACACAGUCAUAGCCCUUGCUGAAUGCAUCUGUCAAUGUU